UCUCUCCCGCAACAAUGCUCUCCAAAACCAACCAAUUGCUAAGGAAAUUCUCCACCACGGCCACGGAUUUUUACCAAAAUAAACUAAAGCUGGCUUUGAUAGGCCAGAGUCUUUUUGGACAAGAGGUCUACAGGCACUUACAAAAAGAAGGCCACAAAGUUGUUGGAGUUUUCACAGUCCCAGACAAAAAUGGAAAGGCUGACCCUUUGGCAUUGGCUGCAGAAAAGGAUGGAACCCCUGUGUUUAAAUUCCCAAGGUGGAGAGCUAAGGGCAAGCCUGUACAGGAGGUUAUCGAAGCCUACAAAUCAGUUGGAGCAGAGUUGAAUGUCCUUCCAUACUGUACACAGUUCAUUCCCAUGGAUGUUAUUGACAGUCCAAAUCAUGGUUCUAUUAUUUACCAUCCGUCUAUCCUUCCCCGUCAUAGAGGAGCUUCUGCAAUCAGUUGGACUUUAAUUCAAGGAGAUAAAAAAGCUGGCUUUACCAUUUUCUGGGCAGAUGAUGGUCUGGACACAGGGCCAAUUCUUCUGCAGAGGGAAUGUGAUGUUGGCCCAAAUGAUACAGUUGAUGACCUGUACAAUCGGUUUCUUUUCCCAGAAGGAAUAAAGGCUAUGGUAGAAGCUGUGCAGCUAAUUGCUGAUGGUAAAGCUCCAUGUAUACCUCAGCCUGAAGAAGGAGCAUCUUAUGAAGGCAUCCAGAAGAAAGAAAAUGCAGAGAUUUUUUGGGAUCAGUCAGCAGCAGCUUUGCAUAACUGGAUCCGAGGGCAUGAUAAAGUACCUGGAGCUUGGGCAAUGAUUGAUAACCAGAUGGUUACUUUCUAUGGGUCAUCAUUACUUGAUGGUUCACCACCUCUGGGAGAAGAGCUGGCAAUAAAAGGUGCUGCAAAACCUGGUCUUGUCACAAAGAAUGGACUGGUUCUGUUUGGCAAUGAUGGAAAGAUGUUGCUGGUAAGAAAUCUACAAUUUGAAGAUGGAAGAAUGAUCCCAGCAUCUAAAUACUUUUCCUCUGAUGAAAUAUCUGCCAUAGAACUUACUGAAGAGGAGCAGAAGAUGGCAGAAAAUAUCCAGUCCAUUUGGAAGGGAAUUUUGAGCAAUGUGGCUGUCAUUGAGGAUGCCACUGACUUCUUUAAAUCUGGAGCAACUUCUAUGGAUGUUGUUAGGAUGAUUGAAGAGAUCAAGCAAAAAUGUGGUGGACUCGAGCUACAGAAUGAGGAUGUCUAUAUGGCCCCUAAGUUUGGAGAUUUUAUCCAAAUGGUUGUCAGAAAACACAGGGGAGAAGACCAGGAGGAAGAAUUGGUAAUAGAUUAUGUUUCAAAAGAUAUCAACCACAUGACUGUAAAAAUGCCAUAUCAGUGUUUUAUCAAUGGGCAGUUUGUGAAUGCUGAAGAUGGAAAAACAUAUGACUCUAUAAACCCAACAGAUGGAUCUGUGAUUGCCAGAGUCUCACUUGCUACAGUGAGCGAUGUUGACAAAGCAGUUGCUGCAGCAAAGGAUGCCUUUGAGCACGGUGAAUGGGGAAAGAUGAAUGCAAGAGAAAGAGGGAGAAUAAUGUACAGGCUUGCAGAUUUGAUGGAAGAACACCAAGAGGAACUGGCAACCAUUGAGGCUAUUGACUCAGGAGCUGUUUACACACUAGCUUUGAAGACCCACAUCGGAAUGUCAGUGCAAACAUUCCGAUAUUUUGCCGGAUGGUGUGACAAAAUACAGGGUUCUACCAUUCCAAUUAACCAUGCACGGCCAAACCAUAACUUAACUUUUACCAAGAAAGAACCCUUAGGUGUCUGUGCGAUUGUCAUUCCUUGGAAUUACCCACUGAUGAUGCUUGCAUGGAAGAGCGCAGCGUGUUUGGCCGCUGGGAAUACUUUAGUUCUGAAACCAGCACAGGUCACUCCCCUGACUGCCUUAAAGUUUGCAGAGCUCUCUGUGAAAGCGGGAUUUCCCAAAGGCGUUAUCAAUAUUCUACCUGGUUCAGGAAGUUUAGUAGGACAACACUUAUCCGAACACCCAGAUAUUCGUAAACUUGGGUUCACUGGCUCAACACCAAUUGGGAAACAGAUCAUGAAGAGCUGUGCUAUCAGCAAUCUGAAGAAGGUUUCUUUGGAACUGGGUGGGAAAUCCCCACUAAUCAUUUUCAACGACUGUGAACUUGACAAAGCGGUGAGAAUGGGCAUGGGAGCAGUUUUCUUCAACAAAGGAGAGAACUGCAUUGCGGCUGGUAGACUUUUUGUGGAAGAAUCAAUUCACGACGAAUUUGUUAGGAGAGUGGUAGAAGAAACCAAAAAGAUGAAAAUUGGUGAUCCACUUGAUAGAUCUACAGACCAUGGUCCACAAAACCAUAAAGGACAUUUGGAAAAGCUUUUAGAGUACUGUGAAACUGGAGUAAAAGAAGGGGCUACUCUAGUAUAUGGAGGAAGACAAGUAUGUAGACCAGGCUUCUUCAUGGAACCUACAAUAUUCACAGAUGUUGGAGACCAUAUGUAUAUUGCACAUGAAGAGUCUUUUGGUCCUGUAAUGGUCAUUUCCAAGUUCAAAGAUGGAAACGUUGAUGGGGUGUUAGAACGAGCAAACAGAACAGAAUAUGGCUUGGCGUCUGGGGUCUUCACCAAAGAUAUAAGCAAAGCUCUCUAUGUCAGUGACAAACUAGAAGCUGGAACAGUUUUUAUUAACACUUACAACAAAACUGAUGUGGCAGCCCCAUUUGGUGGAUUCAAGCAGUCUGGCUUUGGAAAAGACUUAGGUGAAGAAGCUCUUCAUGAGUAUCUCAGAACGAAAGCUGUAACCGUGGAAUAUUAAGCAUCUCAACUUGGAUGGCAAAGGAGCAUUCUUACCAAGAAACAAGACUUCUCACCAGCUACACUGGUGGUCCCAAAUGUUUUAACUAAGUGGAUGCUCCAGCAGAGUUCUGCAUUUAGUAGGAACUCACUUCUGAGUCGGACUUUAAUGUGAAUCUGUAGCCUCUCGUGCUGUGCAGUCUCCACUACCCGAAUGCUUACCUGUAAAGGUCCUGAACAUCCAGUGGUGGGACAGGAAUAGGGAGCAGCCUAUUGGAACCUCACAUCCCUGGACUUUACAGUGGAGAUUUUGCCCAAGUGAAAAGCAGCAUGCCAAUAGGGACACAGGAAACCGUGUUAUGCAAAGUCAGACCAUUGGUCCAUCUAGCUUAGAACUGUCUACACUGACUGGCAGUAACUCCCCAGAGUUUCUAACAGCAGGCAUUACUAGCCCUACCUAGAGAUGCCAGAGAUUGAACUGGGACCUUUUACAUACAAAGCAGAUACUCUACCACUGAGCUAUGGCCCUUCCCUAGGACAGUACGUUCCUUGUUUCUCUAGAGUAGUCAGAUAGUAUUUAGUUUCUAAAAAUUGCAUUACACCAGCAUUAUUCUUUUCCCCUGCAAUGCAAAUUCAACAUAUUUUAAGCAGCACAGAAAGCCAAUUUGCCACAGGCAUUGUAAAAAAGGGAAGUGCACUUACUAUGAUUUUUGUAUGAUAAACAGAAUUUAACGUCUGUGUUCAACUAUGCAUAUAAAAGCUAUAGCAACUAUUUUAUAAUCGAUUUGCCAAUAAGAAAUGUGUAAAAUACAUGGUUGUGAAUGCCAAUACUAUGAAAUCAAACUUGUGUUGAAUGUGUGACGCGUGUUGUACAGAAUGUUACAAUCCUGAGGUAUAUCUGCAAGUACACAAAUGAAUAUCCACAGCUGCAUACACCACUUUUUGUAGCCGAAACAACAAAACCACAGCAGUCUUCUGCUGGUUGCUGCCUGCACCACUUUAGAGCUGGGGUGAGAUAUAUGACUCUCUAGCUGUAUGGACUCCAAUUCCCAUCAACCCCAACCAGCAUGGGCAGGGAUGAGAGGAAUUGUAGCCCUAUAACAUCCAGAGGGCACAGAUUCCUCACAUCAGCUUUAGAGCUACAAGAGACAUCACAAUGCACUGAGUGGUUAGAGAAAAGUUUUCUCAAGCCAUGUGUGAGCCAAGGGUAGCUCGGUCAUUUCAGUAAACCGUCACUGCUUGCAGAGUAUUUAGCCUGUUUGACUUUUCCUGCUAGAUAUGUCUAAUUUGUAUCCAAAUCAACUGCCGAAGAAGUAACAGCCCAACUAUUAUGUAUGCGUAUUCAGAAGCAAGUAUGACUGACUCAAGUAAAAGUGCAAAAGAUUGCAGCUUAAGAGAAAGUUCUAGGACUAGAAAUUGGACAACUCACCAGCCAACUGAGACCUCUUGAACAAUUGUUCAUAACAUUAUACAGCCAUGAGAGUGGCUGUAUACCAUAGCCAGCAUGGAUUUUUCACAUUCCGCAAUGUUAAAUGGAAAAUACCCCCGCAUGCCAUUCUGAUGAUUCCCAUAAGCUCAUUUCAAAACAAAACCUUACAAAACUUAUACAAAACUCAGAAACGCUUGCUUAACAACCCCGUCAAUUUUCAUGGCGAUACACAAAACAGUCAGAGAGAAUCGAGAGUUCAAAGUCUAAAAAGAGAGAGAAAAACCUCAGAGCCCUUUUGGACUUUUUUCUGCCAGAGUUCUCAUAAUCUGUUGAAAUUCAUUAAAAAUCAGCCAUGUUCACAGAGUACCUGUAAUCCUAAUACUGACCUUGCCCCAUACUCUGACCUUCAUCUACUGCAGUUUAAAAGUUAAAAAAAUGCCUGGUUGAUUUUUAAUUAAUUUAAGAACUUUUGGCUGGAAGCCUAUUAUAACGCGGGGCAUGCUCAGUAAGGACCAACUGUCAGUGUUCUAAAAGCCUCACAGCUGCUGGGCUUGGCUAAUCAGAGGGCCACACCCACACCAGACUUGAUUUCACUUGAGACAGUCAUGGCUUCCCUCAAAGAUUCCUGGGAAGUGUAGUUUGUGAAGGGUGCUGAGAGGAGACUCCUAUUCCCCUGAGAGAAUGGUUAA